AUGAUGGACGGGAAAUCUAUCACUUCCGAGCCCGUUGCAGUUUCGGAAAUUAAAGCCAUUGCGAAAACAAAACUCCAAGGGCAAGUAUGGGAUUACUAUACCACCGGUGCCGACGAGGAAGAGACCGUGAAACGAAACGAAGAAAUCUACCAGAGACUGCUAAUUAGACCCUUUAUCCUCCGACGUGUCGCCCACGUUGGCACCUCCACCACAGUCUUCGGCAAGCGGUACAACAUUCCCAUCGCCAUAGCUCCAAGUGCCUAUCAGAAGCUUGUUGGAAAUGGUGGCGAGACGGACAUUGCGAGAGCCAGCGUCGCGCUCGGCACAAACUUCACCCUUUCGUCCAACUCGACGGUCUCUAUGGAAGAUGUUAUGGCCGCUCUGCCGCCAAAGUCUGAUCCCGACAGUCCACGCCCGUGGUUUCAGCUGUAUUUUCUCCGGUCCAGAGACAUUACGGCCAAGCUGAUCCGCAGAGCUGAGACGGCAGGCUACGAAGCGCUCGUUCUCACUGUGGACACGCCUAUUCUGGGAAAUCGAUAUCACCAACGGAAGGAGCCUCUCGUGUUGCCGGAAGAGCUCAAGAUGGCAAAUAUUGAGUCCUUUAAGGCGGGUGGUGUUUCCAAGGCAAGCCUGUUAUUGAAUGCAAAGACGGCUGCGGAAUAUAACGCUCUUCUGGCGGAACACUCCGACGUACUAGUAGACGCGGAUCUAGAGUGGCACGAGGUCAUUCCCUGGUUACGAUCUCAGACACAGAUGAAGAUCAUCCUAAAGGGUGUCUUGACGGCCGAAGAUGCGGCGCGAUCGGUUGAGGCGGGGGUUGACGCGAUCGUCGUGUCAAAUCAUGGAGGUCGGCAGCUGGACAGCAUCCCGUCGACCCUGGAGGCGCUCCCGGAAAUUGUCGGCGCGAUUAAGGGUAGGAUUCCGAUUAUAUUUGAUGGUGGCAUUAGCAAAGGGACGGACGUAUUCAAGGCGCUUGCUCUGGGGGCCGACCUGUGCUUGAUAGGUCGCACGGCCCUUUGGGGCCUGGCAUAUGAUGGCCAGAAGGGAGUAGAGACCGUGCUGCAUAUACUUGAAAGAGAACUUUCGAGGGCCAUGGCGCUGGCUGGGGCCAAGUCAGUGCACGAGAUUUCCAGGCUCAUGUUGGGUGUGCCGCGAAGGGAUGGAUUUGGGCUAGCAAGGCUUUAA